GUUUCUUUUUUCUUCUUCCUUGUUUUUAAUAAAUUAGUGCAUGAAUCAAAUAAAAAGCGAAUAUGGCGAAGGGUAGAAACAGACUUUACUUUGCACUUGCUUUUGUGAUAUCCUCGAUUCCCUCCAUAUUUGCAGUCUAUGCUCUCAAGAAUGACCUCACUAUUCUCAGUUCCCUUCUGUUUGCCUUGUCUAUCAUAAGUAUGGGCUUGUCUACCUUUCUUUUUCUCAGUUACAAGACAGUCAAACAUGGGACGCCUAUUAUUCUCGGUAUUCUGGCCAGCAUAAGUCAAUGCCUUGCACCUCUGACACACAUUCUAUCAAAAACAAUUAUUAUUGGACCUAUUUUCUCAUUCAUUAUUCGAACCUUCUUCUUUUUGGGAUUUGUUAUUCUUCUUAUGAGUGACCAGUUAGUACGUGCCUUUUUUCGGUUCUUUAUUGGCAAGCAUGCUUCAGGAAGGGAUUAUUCUAUCACAAGUGCCAUGGAUCCACACUUAGAACUCUUUGAUGAUACAAUCCCGAGAUCAAAACAUUUAGAGAAUAGCGAAUUGUUUAAGCAACGAAAAGAACUACGCAUGACAGAACAACAAGGUCCUGAGUCACGCGCAUUGACGGCACUCCUUAAACGACCAAAAUAUUCAGUUCCUUUAGCCUAUACCCUCUCGGUUGCCAGUAAACUUGUCUACGAAGAUGUGGAUGUAAUUAAACAUGAACUCAAGAAGGCUGGAUUCAAUGUGGACACUGCAUUUCGUCCAAUUGCUUACAAGAAUAUUUGUGCAUUUAUUACCGAAAAGGAUGAUGAUAUUUUAUUGGUAUUUCGAGGUACAAAUCCAUUAAACAUCCAGAAUUACAUUACCAAUGUCACUGUAAACAUGGCAGAAAUAAAGUCCAGCUGGGGGCCUAUGGGAAGAGUUCAUAAAGGAUUUUGGAAGGCGAUGGGUGAGCCAGCAAAGAGAAGAAAGACGUCUUCUUCUACGAUUGAAGACGAUAUACAUGAGAAUAUCAGAAGCAAAGAAAAAACGACGCCUAAUGGGCCUGUACUACGAAUUGAGUUGAUCAAUACCUCGGUUUACAGAACAAUCAUUUCAGCCGUUCAGGGAACUGCCAAAAUCAUCAAAUUUUUAUCUACCAACUUGUUUCACCACGUUAAGGAACCUAUCGACAGUAGUUGGGUGGGGCCUGAUAUUGAUAUAAGAAGUAACAGUAUGUUUGUUCAAGCAGAGGAUCAUAUUCUAAGUUUAAUACGCAACGAGUCAACACAGGAAAACAGCAAGCAGCAGAGAAGAAGAUCAGGCCUAUCACAUGGAAAUAAUAAUUCAAUCAUGGAUGAAAAGAAAAAGAAGAAGAAGAAACGACUAUUCAUUACGGGGCAUUCCUUGGGCGGGGCCAUGGGCACAAUCUUUUUAGCUAAAAUGUUGCAAUCCAAGAGCCCUUUAUUAGAGCAUUUUGCAGGACUAUAUACAUACGGUCAACCCAAGAUUGGAGACGCUGAAUUUGCUAAAGUUUUCAGUCCGAGCAUGACAAGCAAAAUCUUUCACCAUGUCUAUAACAAUGAUAUCAUUCCUCGCGUACCUAACUUAUGGGAUUAUGAUACUCCUCCUGGCUCUCUUGUCUAUAUUGAUUCUUCCUAUGAUAUCACCAUAUAUCCACCAAAUCCUUACACAAAUGAACCAGUACCAGUACGUCCUAUUUCUUUUUUACACCUCUCUGGUCUAUUGAAUCGAUAUGUCAUACGUCGAUUGCCUCGAGAAAACAGGAUUCGUAUCUUAUUUCGUGUCAUUUUCCCAUUCUUUUUGAACGAUCAUUUUCCUUGUGACUACAGCGAAAGUUUGAGACGAGGUACUAUUCAAAGAAUUAUCAUGGGUGCUGGUGAUUUAGAGGGCGGUAGUGAAGAUCAACAACAAUCAUCAACAAAUAAGAGAGCUAGUUUACAAAGACGAUAUAGUGUUGUCAAUGUACACGAUUAACUGCGUGUAUAGAACUUUAUAUACAUAUACAUUGUUUGAACAUAGAUAUCCAUAUAACACAAUCUACAGUUAAUUUCACUCCAUCUCUAUUUUAUCACACCAAUAAAAUUAUACAAAAAGAAAAGGAUUU